CUGCGCACAUACACACACACACGCGCGCGCAGUCAGACGCUGCGCACAUACACACACACGCAAUCAGACGCUGCACACAGACGCUGCGCAGGAGUUUUCCUGUGGCCAGUUGUCCCCACCCAGUCUAGGGAGGUGUGUGUGUGUGUGUGUGUGUGCGCGGGUGUGAGCGGUGCUCCGGGAGUCUGGAACACUCCCUCCACACAUUCCACACACUGGCAUGCCCAGCUCCUGCUCCUCCUGCUGGUCCUGGUGUGGACAGAGACCACAGGUGAGUAUGAUCAAUACUUUAAGGAGGGAACCAUGAUGGCAUGACUCCGCCUAGUUACCUGUGUGGCGCCGCCACCACCACCACGCACGCCUCCCCGGCGGCCAGUACCAGCUUCUUCGGCACACAGGGAAGAGCUGCAUUCGUCCUCGCUCGUCCAAGGGCUUCCCCCCCGUGGGCCUGAGGGCUGGUGAACCGCUUCGCGAGGAUACCCAAGGGUUUGUGUUGUGUUGGACGUGGGUGAUGCGAUAGAUGCGGCAUUAAGACACAUUGGGCAAGAUAGAUCACGCUGGACUUUUGCCGCACCUGCUUCAAACGACCCCAAGAGUGAGCUACGCAGUUGAGUGCUAAGAGUGAUUGAGCCGGGAGCGUGCAGGCGUGCGCGCGCGCACCUCUCUCACCAUGUCUCUAGGUCAUUUGGAUAAAGCCUUCCUGCGGCCGCGGAAGUUGGUUGAGGUGCUGGCGUACAAACCCAACCUGUCCACCACCUUGCUGAACCUCAUGCAGAAGCACCAGCUGCAGCCAUCUGCCGUGCGCCGGGUGGUGUUUACUUACCCGAGAGUGUUCCAGCUGGAGGAGGAGGUAGUGAAGCUGCGCCCGCGGUUACUGAUGUGUUGCUCCUACAGCAACACAGGUGCCUGCGACCUCGCCGAGGACUGCGAGAACCUCCACUACCUCAAGGACGUGUGCACUACCAACUCCUGCUUCAGGAGCCAUGACUGGGAGGUCCAGCCUAACUCACGAAUUCUCUACAACCUCUUCUUGGAGGAGCUGAACAACGAUGUUCUGUGCAAAAUGGUACAAUUGGUGAUUCAAGACUUCGCAGAAGAGGAUGGAGAAUUAAACAACGAUAUACGCUUGGGCGAGUCUUUGUGGACUAUGAACUCAAACGGGGAUGUGAGAGUGCCAGAGAUCUGCUACGACUCGGUGGAGGGACUGUGUAACCAGGAGAACAUCGGCUGUUAUCGCCUCCACGCGACCCGACACUACCAGUGGCAGGUGAGGGAGGAGGACGGACGCUGGCAGAACCUGCAGGACACCCAGGUGAUGGCCCUGGAGCGUGCCUACUGCGACCCAGCGCUAGAGAAGGCCCUCGUCCCCCCGCCCAACCCCUCCACCUACCGUCCCCCGCCAGGCUACCUCCUGCAGAUCAUGGGCGGCGACACCUGGACCUCGCAUUUUGACACCAUGACCAUGACUAACUCUUCCGGAGAAAUCCUGUGGCUGCGUCGGCUGUGCACGGAGGAAAAGGACGAGGUGGAUGUGAAAGCUAGAAACUACGUCUGGUACUUCCUCUCAGGAGACAAGGAAUGGAUACCUUACGGAGCACCGCACAACAACCUCAUAAGCAGUGUGAAUUGGGUAGAUAUAGAGAAUAGUUACAGAGAAGGGACCAAAGUGAUGAACUUCUCUACCGACAAGUACAGCUACUCCAUUGACUUCGCCACCAUGACUCAAACUAACGAUGAAACUGGCUCCCAGCGAGAGGUGAGACGACGGCCCCAGUCUCACCUGGACGAGGAUGAGGAGAGCACCAGGGCCUCGUCUCCCGACUACCCUGAUGACGAAACACCAGAAUCUCCCGUGCCAGCGCCUCCUGAAGACGGAGAGACUCCGGCGCCCUCGACACCCACCUCCACUUACCAAGAGCCUGACUCGCUGCAGCCGUUACCAGUCACCUGGGAGGAUAUGGAGUACGUCGAGAACCUUCGUCUUGUGCCGCUAAACCCCUACACGAACGAGUAUAGAGACGUGAUGGCGCUCCUCGAGCCAGGUUUAUACAAAAGAAAAGUCCUGGGUAUAAAACGGAUUCAGAAUCGCCAGUUGUGGCAAAAAUUCCAAAAGCGAAUUGAAGAGAUGCCCGACAUUUACAACGGACCGGAACCCACCGUUCGACAGCUGUUCCACGGAACCUCAAAGGACGUCUUACCGAAAAUCUUCAGAAAGAACCUUGACCGGACCCUUCAAGGCAGGUCGUACGGGAGGAAGACGCGGUAUGGGCACGGCACCUAUUUCUUUUCUGACGUGGACAGAGCCUUCAGGUACAGUGUCCCUGACGCUAGGUACGACAAGUCCUACCUGCUGGUGGCCCAAGUGGCAGUAGCUGACAUAACUAAGGGAGACGGUACGAUAGAGAGUCCCCCGCUUGACCCCGAGACGGGCGUCACCUCCGACACGACGGUCAACGACGUCGAGACCCCGACGGUGUACGUCAAGUACGACAAGAAUGAGUAUUAUCCACAGUAUGUUGUGACGGUAACCUAAGGUUGCCAGAUGACUAUCCUGCAUGGCCGCGUUGGCAUUAUCUCUCACACACACACACACACACAGGGGGCCUCGUAGCCUGGUGGAUAGCGCGCAAGAUUCGUAAUUCUGUGGCGCGGGUUCGAUUCCCGCACGAGGCAGAAACAAAUGGGCAAAGUUUCUUU